AUGUCGGCUAUGAACAUGUCCCCUUCCACCGGCGGUCCAUACGGUGGCUCCGAUGAUCCUUGUAUCCUUGGUCUUACGAAUGGUACCUACCCUAAUGGGACUCUCGGUCAAGGAAACUGGAUGCCAUUUGGGGUCUACAUGCCCACUGCCUCAGAAAAGGCACCUUGUCAAACCGCCAACGAUCCCUGGGCUCAAUCUGCAUACUAUGGCCAUUGGACAACCUAUUUCAUUCUAGCAGCCCUUGUCGUGGUCUCUAUCUCGAAUGGUAUCAAACGAUUGCACAGCCUGAACCGAAUUAUGGGUUUCCCCAGCGUGGUGCGAUUUCACCCCAAGAUUUCCGCAUUUUUUAGAAUGACGAGUUAUCCCCAAUCCCGAUUUUGGGGAGGAGCCAUUCCUCCGCUUGGCCCGAGCUUUCUACUCUUUGGAUUCCUUUUGUUCAGUACGCUGGUCUGUUUCUUGCGCCGACCGUAUUACAGACCACCGAACUAUGGCAGCUCACCAUUAGGGCUGAGGUCCGAAUGGGUUGCAACAGCAAUGGUUCCUUGGAUGUAUGCCGCAGCCAGCAAACGCAACUUCCUUGAGUACUUCUCCGGGAUAAGUUGGCCACGACUCAUGACAUUUCACAAGUGGUCCCCCUGGAUAUGUUUGUACAUGUCGAUUGUACAUACUUGGGCAAUGAUCAUUCGUGCCAAUCGGCAAGAGCCAUGGUGGUACACAAUCCAAACCAACGAAAUCUACUGGAAUGGAUUCCCCCCACUUGCAGCAUUAGUGUGGCUCUGUGUGAUGAGCUUAGGACCGAUCAGGAAACGUUUCUACGAGACUUUUUAUGUGUUUCACAUGCUCUCGGCUGCUGUUUUCCUCAUUUGGAUGUAUAUUCAUCUGGCUGAUAAAUUAAAAUCAUGGCAAUAUAUGCAUGCCGCUACUGUGCUUUGGGGAGCAGCUAUUCUUUGGCGAACGCUUGCCUACGCCUUUGAUCAUGGGUGGUUCAGACGAAUCCCUCGGGCAUCAUUCGAAAUGCUUCCUUCCUCCGCCAUCCGCAUCCGCAUCCCGAUGCCAACUAAUCGUACUUGGAGCGCGGGUUCAUACGUCUACCUUCGUUUCUUGAGUAUCAAGCCAUGGGAAUCGCACCCGUUUACCAUUUCGUCUAUCAUCGCGUCCACCGAUGUAGAUGAAAACGGUGAUCGUGCCAAAUUAUCUCAGCUCCAUGAGAUGGUGUUUAUCAUUCGACCUCAUGGUGGUCUAACGGCUCGACUUGGGAGUUUAGCGGCCUCAGCCCCAUCUAGUUUGCACGCAUGCUUGGUCGAUGGCCCAUACGGUGGCUUUAUGGACUCGUUGCGUGCUUGUGAUAUGGUCUUGUUGCUAGCUGGUGGGACUGGGAUGACGACGAUUGUGCCGAUCGCUCAAGCUUUCACUCGCUCGACUGCCGAUCCUGGGAUCACCUGCUGUCAAACCUGUCAAGUCCAUUGGGUGAUGCGUGAAUCCGAGGCGGCGGAAUGGUUUAAAGAUCAGUUGGCUGAAAUUGGGGCCAUCGAGAUGUAUGUGACCGGGCAGAGUGAGUUCAAGGUGGUGGGACCAGUCAGUCCUACCAAGGAGAAUUCAGAGGGAGUGGUCGAGGAGAGAACCCCUAGCUUGGAUCCUGGUUUUAAGCACGGUCGGCCUAAUCUCCAUCAAAUCGUACACAAGGCUGCUGAGCAAUACUUUGGUCGGAUCGGAGUGAUGGUUUGUGGACCUACAUCGAUGUUAUUGGAUGCGCGCAAUGCGGUUGCCGAAGUGGAGGCGGGCAUUUUAAAAACUGAUCAGGCCAUUCGCUGUUCAGAAAUUGAAUUUUACGAAGAGUCUUUCAACACUUGAACGGUUACAGCUCCAUAUUCUUUUUUGCGCUCCCGUCUGUUUCAUUCUGAAUGUUUACGAGUCAUCACACACGUGGAAUCUCAUUUAUCACAGUCUACCAUACUUAACCCAGCCACAAAACUAGCCAAGCUUUAGUAAUACAACCGAUGAUAUUUGCUUUGUAAGAUAGCUCUCAGAGAAUAUAAAUGUAAAAAACAAAUGGAAUUGAAGUGAAGGAGCAAAGUGGGUGCAGUCUGCUGG